UCUCAUGGUGGGGCGCAUGCGCAAUCGGCGGUUGUGCACGGAAGCAGUUGGGCUCUGUGACAAUGUCAAAUAAAGAAGUCAAAUCUGCUUUAAAAAGUGCACGAGAUGCCAUCAAAAACAAGGAGUUCAAAGAUGCCCUAAAACACUGCAAGGCUGUUCUGAAGCUUGAGAAGAAUAACUACAAUGCCUGGGUGUUUAUUGGAGUUGCAGCCAGUGAGCUGGAGCAGCCCGAGCAGGCACAAACAGCCUACAGGAAAGCUGUGGAGCUUGAACCUGAGCAGUUGCUUGCAUGGCAGGGCCUUGCAAAUCUGUAUGAAAAAAUCGACCAACCAGAUUUCAAAGCCGAGCUGCCCAAAAUCUAUCAAAAACUCAUCACAUUAUAUGAAACUUCAGAUAAAGUCAAAUACUUUGAAGUGAGCAAGAAGUUGGUGGACAUUUAUCAGACAGAAAAGAACUUCUUACAGGUGGCGAGGGUAUGGCGGCGCCUCAUUCAGGUGAGAGAGGCCGAGGAUGGGAUUGAGAACUUCGAGCUGCUUGAACUAUGGAGAGAAAUGAUCAGGCUGCUAAUGGGCUCAGUGCAAGAGCAGGACAACGAGACACAGCAACAUCUGCUGUCCGCUUUCGAAAAAGCUCUUCAGCUCACAGAAAACGUGCCUAGUGAAGACCAUAAGCAACUCAUUCAAGAUUACAUUAAAUGCCUGUCAAACCUUUCUCAUGAAGUGGUGAAGAUGAAGGAGAUGUGCGAUAUCAUGCUUUCCCUCUACCCAAAAGACUCCUAUCCUCUGGCAGUUCUAGUGGAGCAUUAUUUACAUUUAGAUGAUUGCAGUGAAGAAGCUGUGAAGGUAUACACUCGUCUCUUGGAGCUGGACCCGGUUAAUUCACUGGCUCACUUUGGUCUGGGUAAAAAAGCUCUUCAGGACAAGAAAUAUGAGGAUGCUAUCAAGAGCUUUGGUCUUGGCCUGAGACGGAUGCGCUCCAGUGUCAUUGGCUGGUAUUAUCAUGCUCAGGCUGAGCUGAAAAUGCACAAAUACUGUGAUAGUGCUAUGUCCUCCAGCCAAGGGCUGAAGGGGUGUGCAGGGUUUUCUGAAGACUGGACCCAGAAGCUGAUGAGAUUAAAGCUGGAAGCAUUAGUGAGAACUGGGACAGAGCAAAGUGCAGAUGAGGCUCUGGGGAUGCUUUCACAGAUGCCAGACGCUAGCAACGAUCCUGCUUUGUUAGUGUUCAAAGGUAGAGCGUAUUUACAAAAGGAAAAGCUUGAGGAAGCCUUUCAGGUGUCUUCUGAUUUGCUGAGCUUGCAUCCUGGCUCUGUGGAGGGUUUAACCUUAAAGGGACUGACACAUGGAGCUAAAAAUGAAUACCAGCUGGCAGAGCAAUGUUUCAUUGAUGCUGCAUCUCAGAGGCCAGACAGUGGGGAGUUGUACUUCCUGCUAGGGCAGCUUUAUUGGAACAUGGGGGAAGAUAUGCAGAGGGACAGAAGCAAAGUUCACACUCAUCUGCUGAAGGCUGCAAAGCUGGAUCCCUAUCUUGGCUCUGUUUUCCGCUACUUGGGUCACUACUACAGGGAAGUGGCCAAAGACCAGGGCCGAGCUAGAGGCUGCUACAAGAAAGCAUUUGAGCUGGAUUCCACUGAUGCAGAAGCUGGAGCUGCCACCGUGGACCUCAGCAUGGAACAAGGAGACAUGGACUCCGCUUUGGCAGUUCUUCAGACAGUGACAGAGAGAGCUACGCCUGGUUCAGCUAAAUGGGCCUGGAUGAGAAGAGGCCUGUAUCAUCUUAAAGUGGGCCAGCAUGCACAGGCUGUUGCAGACUUGCAGGCAGCGUUGCGGGCUGACCCUCAGGACUGGGUGUGUUGGGAGUGUUUGGGCGAGGCCUACCUGAACCGCCACAGCUUCACAGCUGCCCUCAAAGCUUUUGCUAAGGCUCACAUGCUGCAUCCCAGCUCUAUUUACAGCCUCUACCAGAUGGCCUCCAUUAAACAGAUUCUGGGCAGGUACAAAGAGGCAGCAGUGGAGUACCAGCAGAUAAUAGAAACUGAAGAGUAUGUCCCAGCUCUCAAAGGACUUGGAGAAUGUCUUUUGGCCAUGGCUAGAACCGCAAUGGAAGACUACCUGGAUGGAAGAGCAGUAGACCUCAUACAGGAAGCCAUUAAAUAUUUGUUCAGAGCAGUGCAGCAGCGUGCAGAUCUCUCAUGUCUGUGGAAGUUGCUGGGAGAUGCUUGUACCAAAUGCAGCUCUGUUUCUCCUAACCGAGUCUGUGUACUGGUGCCUGGAGCGCUGUGUGGAAGAGAGCCUGCAAAUAAGAAUCACACACUGGACCAGAAACCGCUGCUGAGUCUGGGGGAGAGAUGCUAUGGCCGUGCUUUGAAACUGAUGGCAGAAGCCCCGAGCCUGUGGUGUGAUCUGGGCCUCAAUUACUACCACCAGGCUAGGCUGUUCCUGUCCAUGUCUGCAGAACAGGAUGUGCAGUCCCUGCUGGAGAAAGCUCUGCAGUGUGUUAAAAAGGCAGUCAUGCUGGACAGUGGGAAUCACACGUACUGGAAUGCACUGGGGGUUGUAGCAAUGAGUAAAGGAGUUGAAAACUCUGCCCUAGCACAGCACAGUUUCAUCAAAUCAAUCAAAGCUGAGCCGAAUAAUGUUGUAGCAUGGACAAACCUUGGAACUUUGUAUCUGAAGAAUCGCAACAUUGAGCUCGCACACGAGGCCUUUAAGAUUGCGCAAUCUCUGGAGCCGCUGUAUGUUAACUGCUGGAUUGGACAGGCAUUCAUUGCUGAGACAGUAGGAAGCUAUGACACCAUGGAUCUCUUCAGACACACUACCGAGCUCAGCACUCAUACUGAAGGAGUGAAGGGUUAUGCCUAUUGGGUCUGUUCCACUCUACUGGACAAGAGUAACCGAGACUCAGAGCUUUACCGCUACAACAUAGUCCAGAUGAAUGCUGUUUCAGCUGCCCAGGUGGCCUUAACCAAAUAUACAGAGAGGAUUCAGACAGAUGCUGAAGCUUUUGUGAUGUUGGGCUUCCUGAAUGAACACAUGCAGCUGAAAAAGCAAGCAACCGGAGCCUAUAAGAGAGCUGUGGGGUUGCUCCAGAACAACCCACAAAGAGAAGAACUCUGCUUCGCACUCCGAGGCUAUGCUCGGGCCCUCUGUGACACAGAUCAGUGGGAAGAGGCUGUCCGUCAUUAUUCCUCCAUGCCACUGGAGGAGCUGCAUGAUCUCACAGGAUUGGCUCUUGCCUGCUUUAGAGCCGGACACCUCCCAGAAAGUAUUAAUGCUUAUGAGAAAGCUCUUGCAGUGGCCUCGACUGAGAAGGAAAAAGCCUAUAUACUAACAGCUUUGGCUUUACUACAGCACAGACUGGGGAACAAGGACACUGCCAAAACCUUACUCUUUAAGUGCUCUUUGCUGAAGGAGCCAAUUCCAGAGAGUUUGCUGUGUUUAUGUGCUUUGGGCCUGGUCCAUGGAGAUGCCACCUUGGCCAGCGCUGCUCUUUCGGAGCUGCUGAAGUUGGAUGUUGCUGUAAGGGGCACUGUGGAGGACCAGUGCCUGCUCACAUGUACCCUGCUGGCCCUCCAGGGCAACUACAAUGCUGUCCAGAGAGAGGCUUCCAGAGCAGUGUUCCGAAACCCUGGAAAUCCGUCUCUCUGGGCACUGCUGUCCAGACUGGUGCCACAGUACUGUCCCAGCAAAGCUGACGGUGGAGCUGUGGCAGGUAGUGUGGCAUGUCAUGCUAGCAUGACUCUAGGAAAGAGGGCAAUGCUGUACAGUGGAAUGAAUCAGUUGGCCUUAGGCAGACAUUCAGGGGAAGACAAGAGCAAAAAUGCUUUGAAGACCAUCCAAAGAGCUGUGCUACUCUGUCCAGAUGAUCCCGUGGGAUGGGUAGGGCUUAUGGCUGCAUGUCACACAGAGAAUGUAGCAUGUGCCCUGUCAGGCUCCUCCCCAUGCAGAGAGGGUCUAGAGAGAGUGCUUAUGGCCCUGGUGUCAGAGAAAGUAAAAAGCCUGCAGAGAGAGGAUGGGCUUUUGGCUCAAGCUCUGGAAGGCUGGGUGCUGCAGCAGGCUGUAUCAGGACUCAAACAGAGUGGCCAAUAUGAUGAAGCCGAAGCCUUGUGCUCACAGGUGUUGAGUGUCUCUCCUGAGCAUCCUGCAGUGUUCCUGUUGCUCAGGCAGGUUCAGUGUGAGAGCCUUUUGCUGUCCGGUGCCAGAGACUGCAUCCCUCCCACAGUGCUGGACCAGCUGAGAGCUGCGGUUAUGGCCAACCCAACCUCAGUGUCUGCUUGGCACUGGCUGGCGGAGGUGUACCGAUCUCAGGGUUUGCUGGCACAGGCCUCAGUGGCUCUGAAACAGAGCCUGCAGCUCGCCUCUCAGCUCGGUCACUACAACGGGAAGCUCAGCAGCCUGCUGCGACUCGCCCUGCUCUCACUCAUCCCCUGCAUGGUGAGACCACGUACCUGCCAUGAGAAUGCCUCAGAAAGGAAAGCCCUAUCCGUGCUGCUGACAGUACAGCCAAAGGAAAGUACAAGCGAUGCCGCUUUGCAGACAUCCAGAGGGAUUACCUCCUCUCACUCAUCAGUCUGGAGAUUACAGAGGGAAAGAGGGAUUGAUGAUGCCUGCCCACAGUGGGCAAUUAGCCGAGGUGCUAAAAGCACCUUUCACUCAUGUUCUAGUAUGAGUAAAUGCUGAAAUUGGGUGACCUUUGUAAACACUCUACAUGAACAGAGGGUUUGAAUGGCAGUCAGCUGAAAUGUAAUUAAAUAUUGAACCAUAUGAUUUGUAAAAUGCUUACAGUUUGACACCACAGCAAUGUUGAAUUCCAUGAUUUGGAUAUUGAGACUCAGAUAUUAAUGGGUUUCUAUAACAGCAGCUCUGACUGUACUCCUGUAUUUAUUAAUGGUUGUUUUGUGGGCAUCAAACAUCGUUUAAACAACAUUCUUUAAUAUCUAAAAUUCGGUGAUGGGGUUGAACCCCCCAACCUUUAGAGUCUUAAACAUUGAGCAACGACUUCCCUACAGAACAUUACAUAAAGAAGAGCAGCAUUCUUUUUGCAGCAGGUCACAUCACACCAAUCAGCACAGUCCAUAAAGUUUAAUCACUUACAUAGUAUAACUUGAUCAAGUUAAUAAAUUGAACGAGCUAGAAACAAAUCUAUUUUAAGUUUGAGGUCAUUAGAUGUUGUUGAGCAUCUAAAAACUAAGCACAGUUCCUGACAAAAGUGUGCUACAUACACAAUUUGAACUACCACAGAACUACCACCUCCCCCACAGCAUUGUAGCAUAAGAUGAGGUAGAAGUUUGACAAAGACUUGGCAACCCAAAAAAGCAAGCCUGCUCAGUGAGCUAAUGUCUAUUGUAACUUAAGACUGGUUCAGAGAUAAAUCUUCCUUUGCUAAGUUAAAAAUGUUUAAUAUUCUUUAUGUAUUGUCACACCACUAAUGUUGACGAAUUACCUUUUAUGUCCCUUACCGUUAAUUCUCACAAGUAUGUUGUAGUCAGAAAUAUUUGUGUUUUAACAGUAUGUCUGCUGAAUAUAUAACAGUGCAGCUGUUUGGCUUUUCCUUUGCGGGCUUCUCCCCCUCACUUUCACAGUGUAGUAAUUAUCCGUCCUGUAUUGGCCUGAUUUGUCUUGUGUUUAAGCUGACUCUAGCUUGGCCCUUCUAAUUCAAUCAGAGUCUUUCAUUCCAAAGCAAUCUCUUGAUUAAAACAUCUUGGCACAUUUUACCUACAGUAAUUUUUUUAUUAUAGAAAUAGAUGGAGGUAAAGCAGACAAAUGCAGCUCUUAGUGGAAAGUUAAACUCUUGGUACUUUAAGACUACAGUUGAUUGGUUAUGCAAUAAGUUUUUAUAAUGGGGAUUGGUAUUUUGGGGUAAAGGGAUGGAACUUGCCUAUUGUUGAAGAACAAUUCAGCAGGGAAUAAAUGCAGUACGUUACAGAGACCUUGUGUGCAGAAUGCAGUGAUUUAUUUCAGCUUGGUGUGUUUGUG